AUGAAGGCUAACUACGCUGGUACGGUGUUAUGGUGGGUGAUGCCGUUGAUGGUGAUAAGAGAAUUCGUAGCGGAACGACCAACGUUUCGCAUUAUUGCACCGGAGUUCAUAUGUCAUCCUGCUGCUGCUGAAGACCAUGGAAGGAACCAGGUUGCUAGCAAUGCAACCGUGGACAUCACGCGUGAGAAUUCCACACAAUCCUCACGCCAACUAACGAUCGGCUUUCAGACGAACGGUGGCCAACGUUUGCAUUACCGGGUGAAAACAUACUUCACGCUGCUCGGUGACACCGGAUUCAUCAGCCAACGGCACACGGUUGGACUGUGGCGUGCCGUACGACAGCUGGAGCAGCGUGUCCGGCGCGACGGGGACAUGAUCGCCCAGAACGGGCAGAUGACGAUCGGUACGGACGAUCUGCUGCCGGGCGUCGUAUACUCGUUCGGUGUCGUCGCCGUGGAUGGCGAUGGGGUGGAAAGUGAGGAGCAAAACUUUACCAUGACCUACCGGAACGUGGACCAGGGCGCCUCGUUCGAACACGGCGGAUCGUCCAGAAGCGAUGACGAUGUGUCGCUGCUGAUGCUUGGCGCUGAGAAAACGUACGCGGACGUAGAGUACAGCGUAACGGCCCAGCUUAUCUUCUGUCGGCGACGAUCGGAUUACUACUUUCGCUGGAACAUUGGAUCGAUGAACGAAAGUGAGCUAAGCGCUGUCGGUAUGGAGCGAUCCAAAACGCUGCGAGUACCUGCAGGGAGUUUUCUGCCCGGGCAGAAGCACGACAUUCAAGUGUCCGUGUUUUCGACGUCCACAGUGGAUGAUGGGGCGUGUAUCGCCAAGGCACACAUGGUGAUCAACGUUUUGCGGCGCGAUCCGGAGGUGGUUUUGUUUCCGGCCGAUGCAGUCGUGGGCAUUGAUCAACCCGUUCAGCAACGAUCGUACGCAUCGGGUGGGGAAGUGGUGUGGUCAUGCCAAAAGGAAGGCGAACACAACACUAACUGUGACGAUACGUUCGAAAUUGAUGAUGAUGGUGAUGCAGCGGUGAGCUUCUACAGAGAAGGCCAGUACCACGUAAAGGUCUCCGUUGCUGGUGACUCUGGGAAGAAGGCUGAGUCUCAAUCGUUGUUGACCGUUCACCCGAAAGUGACACCGACCGUAAAGAUACUCCAAUGGUCUCAAUAUCCGGCCGUUGCCCGCGAACCGUUCGAACUUCUCGUCAGCGUUGCUGGGCUAGUGCCGAACUGCUACUCGAACUGGACGAUUGUGCAGGGAGAAGAUGGGUUUGCAUCCUUCGAUCCAGCCCAACUGCCUAGCGCUGGCACUUUGGGUGGUUUGCUCAUUCGCGACCUGGAGGAAAACUUUCUCUCUGAGCUGGUCGACUACGGCAACGAUACGGUCGUGAAGGAUGUCGCACUGUCCAUUCCGGCUGGUACGGCAACAGGGCCUUGGAAAGGACUCGAACCGGAUGUGCGCUACAAGCUUCGCCUGCAGACGGUCUGUCCUGAACCGAUCGACGAUAGCAAAAUGGCGGGCAAGCAGAUGCACCGUGAACAGGUUAAGAGUCACUGGACGUUCGUGCUGCAGACCAAUGGUGCUCCGGAAGUGCUACCGAUCGAAGUUUCCCCGGCGAGCAACGGAACGGCGCUGAAAACUUUGUUCAAGAUAUCCACCGGGAUAGCGAAGGAUACGGAACGAGAUUACCCAUUGCGGUACAGUAUCUGGUACACUGCCGACGGGGUGGACAUACAUGUUGCCACCGCGUACGAGAUAACAUCGGCCGAAACCGUUCUACCGUACACAAAAACUGGACACGUUGAAACGCACAUAAUGGUUUGUGAUUCAAGGAACGCUUGCACGAAGGCUAUUGGUCCGAAUGUUUUCAUCGCACCGGGCGUGCCGCCGACGGCGGCAGAUAUUUCCAGUGCGUUUGAAUCGAUGGCGGGAUUUUUCGAUCGACUCAACUACCGCGAUGCGCUUAAGGGUGCCUUUGAGCUGCUGAUAACACUGCGCAACCGUAACGCGCCGCAGUACGAAGGUGCGUACCGACGGUUUGCCGAGCUGCUGCAACAAUCCAUCGUGCACAUCCGGAAGGUGUACGGCGAAACAACGUAUCUGUCCGAUGCGUCCAUACAGGAGUUUAUCACGCAAGCGAAACCCAUCCUCGAUCUGGAGGCAUCGAACAAUCACGAACUCUUCCAGCAGCUGCUGGAAUUAAUGGACCCACCACUGAUGCACGCGAACGCACCACGAAGCAAACGUUCCUCGCAGACGGCCCCCCAGCGCGUGCCGGAAAGCACCUCCAAAAUCGACACCAAACUGUCCCUAAUGGAAAGUUUGACCGUGUCGAAAAAUGUGUCCGUCGCUGCCCAGGCACGUACCAGCCUUCUCAGUUUCGUGCAUCAGGCCACCAAGAACUAUUGCACGAUCGAGUCCCACCACGUGUACGUGGGACAACUGAUCACGUUGGAAAUGAACCGAUACCGCAGCCUUUCGGAGGUAAACUUUCGGCAUGUGCCAGUUCCGAACGGUGUCCAGCUUAGUGUGCCUACGGGGCGCGUACAAUUGCUGGAUGGGUUUCCGCAAACGGAAUACUACUGCUUCGGUCGCGUGUACUACGCACGCGAUCUGUUCAUCCGGAAGGAAGUGCACGAGCUGGAUUUGGGCUUCUACGAGGCUUUUGUACUGUCCGUCGAGAAGGGCGGUAUGUGGACACUGGCAGACUGGAAAAGUGAUUACUUCCAGUGGUCACUGGAUGGAAGACGGCUACCGAACGUGACGUGUCAACUUUGGACCGACAAUGCUUGGAGCAGCAAGCAUUGCAUCACGGUGGAAACUGUCACGGAUGAGGUGCGAUGUAACUGUACUCAGAUGGCAUACUUGAGAAUAUCCAAUGACACAGAGACCGUUUCGAGUGAGUCAUCGAGCCGAAAUACGACGACAGAGUCAACUGCGAUGGCUGGUGGGACAGAACCAUCGCUGGACUCUACAGCAGCCCCGGAACACGGCAACUUUUCCGAAACAACAACUGUAACGUCUGAUCCGACAACGACUUCUUGGUCAUCAAGCGUAAGCGUUACCGCAAACACGUCCGAUGUUGUAACUGCUACCGAAAGUGAUAUGCUGACGCUGGGUUCGGUACUGGACAAUGCGACAGAACCAACGGAAAGCUUUCCCGUUGCACCACCAUCGAACACGUCCAUCGGCGAUAGUGGACCCAGCGCACUUCUGCAGGGUGGCAACGAAACCGGAAAACCCGCGUUACGCAACCACCAAUCGUUAGAAGUUUCCUCGAUCGGGUACACGAUCGCAGCCGCGCUGGCAAUCGCGUCACUGGUUGCGGCGGUGCUGACUGUGAUCUAUCGGCGGCGUAAGGCAGUGUUGCGGUUGGCCGACGAGCUACACACCGUACCGUCCAGAGCUCGCACACAACCGUCCCCGCACGUACGGUACGCUCGGUUUCAAGACGAACACAACAUGACCGGUGACAACGUGUCCACCAUCUCGGACGUGCUGACAAUCUAACGAGCGUUGCAAGGAAGACGUUUAGAUUCCACCGAUCGUUUUCUUCGCCUAUUUGCUAUUACUAGCCCCUCAAAAGAUGCUGGGGCU